AGUCCGACACGGGUCGGCAGUCACCUGAUAAUACUGUUUGUCGACACAGCCUCUGAAUCACAAAGCGGCAAACGACCGAGUAUAGGUUGAACUGAAUGAAAGGAUUAGACAGACGCCACGACUUUGUCAUCCUGUUCAAAGCUUACACGUAAUGAAAAUGGAGAAUCUCUGUCACUACUGUCAAGAAUUUUCUUCCCUUGACUGGUCCGCUGUUGGACGCGGUAUCAGGUUAGGCCAUCAUUUGUCCUUCGCCGCCUUGCAAGAAUCAUCAAAAAACGGCUGUAAGCUGUGCGUUUUCCUCUGUCAGAAUCUUCUUCGCUGCGUUGCCACGUAUCCUGGCGACAAACCCACGGGAGUUUCUUGGAAGGAAGAUGAGGCAGAGAAAUGGCUGCUGGCUGAGGAUGAGAUUGGCAAAGGCUUCAUCUUCGAAACAGGCGGGGAUGCAACUGAUGACGUCCUACGAGAGGAGGCUGAUCUGGUCGAUGGAGUUUCCUACAUAAGAGAAUCAUGGGGAAUAGGUAGGGCUUGUAACAUCAGGGUUGCAACACCAAAAGGGAGCCCGCUGUCUUCUAUAAGUUGGAUGAUUCAGGAACAACCGCGCGCAGAUCUGAAGCUUGCCAAAUCCUGGUUUCGACAAUGCCAGGAUAAUCAUAAACGCUGUGCUGCACCAUUGGCAACUCACGGUGCUUAUCCGACUAGAAUUCUUCACAUCACGUCUGAUGCAUCUGGGCUUAUCACAGUAAAAUUAAGAGAAUCAAAGAAUACCAAAGGCCCCUAUUUUGCAUUAAGCCAUUGCUGGGGUAGCUUUAAACCGGUGAUCACCACCAGCGCCAAUUAUGAAGAUCACCGAAAAGGAAUCCAGCUCCAGGACCUACCUUCAUCUUUCCAGGAUGCCGUCUCGGUCACCCGAUCUUUCGGCUUCGAGUUCCUCUGGAUUGACUCCCUAUGCAUCGUGCAAGAUUCCAGAGAGGAUUGGGAACGUGAGUGUCCACUCAUGGCUAAUAUAUAUUCUAACGCGACAGUAACAAUCGCAGCCUCAGACGCUCAGAAUAGCUCACAGGGCUUCUUGCAUGACUAUCCGCCAGCGGAUGCAGAUGUCGUCGUUCUCGACGGUUAUGCGGGGCCCGGGUGCCAUGGCAUUACCGCUCCAAUUACACUGAAAUGUGCAACUGAGACACCGUGGGCUUAUUUCACCAUUGCCUCGGACUGGCACACCAACCUAUCAUCACGAGGCUGGGCUUUACAGGAGAGACUUCUUUCCAAUCGCAUACUUUCUUUUUGCACGCGUCGCGUAUUAUGGGAAUGUCAGCAAGUCUGCCAUGCGGAUGACCGCCACCACCCUUUCACGCUAGACCCCCUGUUUUCCGAGACUGCUCGGGUCAAAAGAGUAGAGUUCAUAAACACUGAGAACAAAAUAUUUGAGCAUUGGCGGGAGGUUGCUCAAACAUUCGCUGAUUGUUCACUCACCUAUAUUUCGGACAGGCUCCCUGCGCUAUCAGGGCUGGCCAGCCGGUUCUCGCUGCAACUCAAUGACAGUUAUGCGGCCGGAAUCUGGCGGCGUGAUAUUCAUGCAGGCCUCUCGUGGAACGUUGUGCACCACGACAAUUUCAACCCGAAUUUUCCUCUUCUCCAAUGCUCAUACCUGGAGUCGGCUAAGCGAGAAUAUCUCAAGACUAUCCCUUCCUGGUCUUGGCUUUCAACCGGCUGCAGACUCUCCUUCGAAAGCAGAUUCAGCGAACCAGGAAGGAUGCAGUCUGACAUUCAUGUUAGCUCUAUUGAAACUGAUCUCUCGGGAACCAAUCCGUUCGGUAACGUCAGCGGCGGCUUGCUGAAGGUUAACGGUCAGAUGAAGAAUUGCAUCCUAGGCGCCGACUCGCAAAAUCAGAACCAGUAUGAGGACGUAUAUGACCAAGAAUUAACCGUCAAGGUCGCCACGUUAGUUGCGGAUUGUUGGCGCAUACAGGACCUUCGAGGGGUUAAUCGUGAGCAUAGAAGGAACAUCACAGCGCUUUUCCUGGCGAGGUGUGAUGCUCACGGGGACGAUAUCAGCCUGAGAUUAGCACUUGCUCUUCAGCCCGUUUACGACACCAGCGGGGCCGCAGGACGAACUUACCGUCGUGUUGGGCUUAUAAUAUGGUCAUCCAAUAUGGAUGACUGUGAAGCAGGUAAAACCUGGUUUGAAAGAGGGAUACAUGGUGGUUUGACUAUAGUCUGAUGAAUUAGUCAGUUCGCAAGCGCUCUUAACCAUAAGGAAUGUUAACAUAAUUAGAAAACGGUCGCUUUUGGAGGUAUACUUGGAAGGUGUGGAAAUAAUUUAUUUUCCGGUGAGGAAUUCUAGAUCUAAGCUAUGAGGACCAAUUACGAAGUACAUGAUGGC